GACGAGAAAAUAUUGAAAAGAUACCUCAAGAAGUUACUCUCAUUCACUCUCACAAUUCCCCUCCCACCAGCUGCCGUUGGCAGUUGCCAAAUCAUAAAAUGUAAUAAUGCUCCUCUCUCAUUGACACCUUCGCUAUCCAAUCCCCUGUGUUUGCUUUGCUUCUACUCUGAUCUGUCUCUUUCACUCUUUCAAAGAACUUUUUUUUCCCUGUUUUUUAAUUUCUUUUUUAUGUUUUAGCUCUGUUCUCUUGUAAGGGACGAAGUGGGUUUAAUUCUUUGCUCCUGGUUGAUUUUCCUGGAAAGCUGGUACCAUUUGAGGAAUAAUUCAAAUGAAACCUGGGUCGAGCUCAGACUCCCUUGGUAAGGUCGAGAGAGUGAAGGGUGGUGGUACGACUAGACUUGGCUCUGUGCUUCCAAAUCCAAAGGUGGAGCCGUUUGUGCCAAGAAUCGAUCACAACCCCAAUGAACUGAGAUCUUGGGCCAAGAGGACUGGCUUUGUCUCUGGUUAUUCUGGGGGCACUGAGACUAGUGCCAGUGAAAAGAAUGAUAGUGCUUUGUUUGAUUUGGAGAACGGCCUUGACUCUGGAAACGGCGGGACGUCGCCGAAAAUAGAGAUCGAUCCGGUUCUGGGCCGGACCAGGCCCAGCCGAGGGAUUGAAAUCGAACCUGUGGUGAAGAAUGAGAGGGAUGGAACUGGGAAGAAUGAAAAUCAGAGGAGGAGGACUAGGGACGAGACUAAAGUCGAUGAGAGGAAAGUUGGUCUGAAUGCAAGUGGGAGUCGGCAUGGGAAUGCGCAUGGAAUUGCGAAUGGGAAUGGGAAUGGGCACAGAAACGAAGUCCCGGAAGUUGCUCCAGCGGCUGAGCCAAAGAAAGAGGAUGGUGUAUCUGAAAGAGAUGAGAAAAUCGAUGUUCCUUAUGGUGAAGAAUUUUCUCAAGGAGGGUGGCAAAGGCUUUCGGGAAUGAAUUAUGGGAUCAGAGAGAAUCCUGGUUUUGCACCGUCGGUAUAUUAUGGCCUGCAGCACUAUUUAUCUUUGGCUGGUUCACUAAUAUUCAUCCCCUUGAUAAUUGUACCGGCCAUGGGCGGAACGGAUAAGGAUACUGCUACUGUGAUUUCAACGAUGCUGCUGGUUUCUGGUAUUACUACAAUACUACACUCCUACUUUGGAACCCGACUUCCUUUAGUUCAAGGGAGCUCAUUUGUAUAUCUGGCCCCGGCGUUAGUAGUCAUGAAUGCUCGGGAGUAUCGAAAUCUUACAGAAAAUAAAUUCAGGCACAUAAUGAGGGAACUGCAAGGGGCAAUAAUUGUUGGUUCAAUAUUUCAGAGCAUUUUGGGGUUCAGUGGUUUGAUGUCCCUUCUUUUAAGGUUGAUUAACCCAAUUGUGGUCGCACCAACUGUUGCUGCAGUAGGUCUAGCCUUUUUUAGCUAUGGGUUUCCACAAGCUGGUAGUUGUGUGGAAAUCAGCAUUCCACAGAUACUCUUGCUUCUUGUAUUUGCCCUGUACCUUCGUGGAAUAUCCAUAUUUGGGAACCAUAUAUUUCGGAUUUAUGCGGUUCCACUGAGCAUUAUGCUUAUAUGGACAUAUGCAUUCUUUUUGACAGCUGGUGGAGCAUACAAUUACAAAGGCUGCAGCCCAGAUAUACCCAGUUCCAACAUCUUAAUCGAUGCGUGUAGAAAGCAUGCAUACACCAUGAAGCAUUGCAGAACUGACGUUUCAAAUGCAUGGAGAGCUGCUGCGUGGGUCAGAAUUCCCUACCCUUUUCAGUGGGGUAUCCCCAUUUUCCAUUUAAGGACUUCCAUGAUCAUGAUUAUAGUUUCGCUGGUCGCAUCAGUGGAUUCGGUUGGAACAUAUCACUCUGCAUCUCUGCAAGUUAAUUCAAAGCCUCCCACUCCAGGAAUCGUAAGUAGAGGAAUUGCAAUGGAGGGCUUCUGUAGCAUAUUGGCUGGACUUUGGGGCUCUGGAACUGGGUCAUCAACCUUGACCGAAAAUGUUCAUACAAUAGACAUAACAAAGGUGGCAAGUAGAAGGGUGGUGGAAGUUGGGGCAGUUUUCUUGAUCCUCUUCUCGUUUGUAGGAAAAGUGGGUGCACUUCUUGCCUCUAUACCACAGGCAUUGGCUGCUUCCGUACUGUGCUUCAUGUGGGCCCUUAUUGUGGCCUUGGGUCUAUCGACUUUGCAAUAUAGCCAGACAGCAAGUUUUAGAAACAUUACAAUAGUUGGUGUGUCAUUGUUUCUUGGUUUAUCUACCCCUGCCUAUUUCCAACAGUAUCAACCUGAAUCCAGGUUGAUACUGCCAAGUUAUUUUGUUCCUUAUGCAGCAGCUUCAAAUGGACCAAUCCACACUGGCAGUAAACAACUUGAUUUUGCAUUAAACGCACUUUUGUCUAUGAACAUGGUGGUGACACUGUUGGUGGCAUUAGUAUUGGACAACACCGUCCCCGGCAGCCGACAAGAAAGGGGGGUAUAUAUAUGGUCUCGGGCUGAAGAAAUUGCAACUGACCCCUCAUUUCUCUCAGACUAUGCCCUUCCAAGAAAAGUUGCCAAGUGUUUUUGCUGGGGAAAGUGUUUGGGAGUGUGAUUGGCACACAAUAGAAUUAUCAGUCAAGCACCUAGGAAAUAUCUCUGCUUGGAGACCACUCCCUGGAUUUUUCUUUGGGGUUGGGGAAGCAGUAGUGUUUGGAGAUGGUACAGCAGAAACCAAGAUAUAGGAUAGCUCUAUAUACAUAUCAUUGUCUUCUUCCUACAGGUAAUCUGAAGUUUCACUUCUUGUCAAAUGCUGUUGUAAUCGACACAAACAAACAGGAUUCGCUGCAAAUUGUAUCAACAAUCAAAACACUCUUUCAAAGAGCUAGCGAGUUCUAUAUUUGGGAAGUUUAUCAGGAUUUCUUCA